GCAGCUCUGAAAACACAAAAUGUUGAACCUUGAAGCAGACAGGUUAGGGCAGCGGAAGACCACAGCAAGUGCCACUCCUGUCAGCCUUUUUGCUUUCUACUCUUUUGUAAAGUGUCCUUGGGUAUCUUGAAAAUGCUAUACACAUCAAAGUUCUUCUUAUUAUUAUUAUUAGCCAAGGAGAGGUAACUGAGGCUAGUAUUCACACAAACUCACUAAAAUCGGAUAUUAGCAGAUUGAAAUAAUUCUGUCUCGUAUUAAUGGUUCAUGCCGGUGUAUGUGCAAUGAUGUGGGUGAUAUUUUCUUGGAACACUUACUGUUGCUAACUACAUCCAUCCCUUUAUGACCACAGUGUAUUGAGUUUCUGAUGGCUACUUGCUGCAGGAUAGCACGCCAUGUGAAAUAAUCUCAAACUGGUUUCUCGAACAUGGCAGUGAGUUCACUGUACUCAAGUGCCCUCCACAUUCAUCAGAUCUCAGUCCAAUAGAACGCCUUUUGGAUGUUAGAGUGGAACAGUAGAUUCUCAUCAGGAAUGUCCUACUAACAAAUCUGCAGCAGCUGCAUCUCCGAGAAGUGUUUCCAGGACCUUACUGAAAGAUGGAAGGAAAGCAAGGAAUAAGUCAGUUCUGAGGGCAAAAGCGCAGCUCUGAGGGCUCCUAGUGUCCCUCUCUAGAGAGAGCCGUGGAGACGUUGGACAUUCCUUUGCACAUCGAUGUCUCUAACUCCGAGUCGAAAGCCCUCCUCAGGUCAGCGCAGGCGCUCGGUGGGAACUAGUGGCGGCAGCGGGCGAUAUUCCCACAGCGACACAUCAAGUACUCACACCUACCCUGGUCGAGUUAGGCCACCAGAGGGCAGUCCUACAGCCCGGACUUAUCCCAGUACCCCCAGACGUCAGGUGAAGCACACAGCUUGCAGCGACAACCAUGGGAUCAGGCCCCCGACCCCAGAGCAGUACCUUACACCCCUUCAACAGAAGGAGGUGUGUAUACGACACCUGCGAGCCAGACUGAGGGAAAAUGUGGAAAGGCUACAGCACAGGGACUGUGAAAUAGAUGAGUUAAGGGCACAGCUGUACAGGAUGCAGGAAGACUGGAUAGAAGAGGAAUGCCACCGUGUCGAGGCCCAGUUAGCCCUAAAAGAGGCCCGCAAGGAGAUCCAGCAUCUCCAGGAGGUGGUUGAGUCGGUAAGGUCCAACCUGGGUGUACGGCAACAAGACUCCCAUGACCACAAGCCAUUCUCAGGGUUGCAGGGAGGUCGGCCAGGUGGGAAGUCUCGCUCCUGUGGAUGUUCCCCAGCCAGCACUUUAACCCGCAGCGCCGCCCACUCCAGACUGAGCAGCGAGGCUCUGCAGCUGGAGCGCGGCUCAAGUGCUCCCGAGCCAAGCGGAGCAUCGCAAACAGCAGGACAAACUCACCUGCUCCUGGAGGCGGCCCUGCUGUCAGAGCAGCUGCCGGCACAGAGCCACAUCCGAGGCCCCCCAGCUGUGCCACGCUCUUCCACCUAUGAAAGGUUGUGCAGCGGUGGGGCUGUGUUGCCAAUCUCACACUCCUGCCACACUCUCAGUAGCAGCUGCAGGUGCAGUGGACACACCUACCUCCCCCACCAUCACUUGUUUCUGCACUUACCUCAGGAGGAGGCCCCAGUUACAGCUGCUGCAGUCCCGGUUACAGCUGCUGCAGUCCCGGUUACGGCUGCUGCAGUCCCGGUUACGGCUGCUGCAGUCCCGGUUACAGCUGCUGCAGUCUCUGCUACUGAGUCUAACCCCAUUCCUGUUCCUGCAGCAGAGAAGAAACCAGAGGUCCGCUCCCAGGCCUGCAGCCCCACCAUGACCUGGCUUUGUGAAGAAAGCAGUGCAGAAGGCCCAAGUGUAAUUUCUUUAGUCUCAGCAGACAUAACCCCAUCAGAACAACAACGAUUUCCAUCAUCUUUACCUCCUCUAUCCCUUCCUCAGUAUAUUUACAAUGCAGAGCCAUCAGAACCGGACAAACCAGCGGGACCUCAGACCUGCCAGCCCCACCCUAUAGCUCCACUACCAGUUAAGCAGGAAGCUACAGUAGUGGAGAUAGAAGAAGAUAAUAAGGAUGAAAAUGGAGGAGCUGGUGAAGAAGGUCAUUCCGCUCAGCGGUGCCACUGGAGCCGCUACUUCCUAGUAGAUCUCUUGGCUUUGGCAGUGCCGGUGGUUCCAACCAUGGCAUGGCUGUGCCGAGGAGCACCACAGGAGGUCAUGCCGGUGUACCACAUCGGGUCCUUGCUGAGAGGUUGCUGUGCUGUGGCUCUCCAUUCACUUCGACGUCAGGGUGCAGGCAGGGGCCGCAGACCCGCCAGCAUGAACGGAACAACAUCAAUCUGAAACUUUCAGCCACGUUUGGCAUUAAGAAAAGACUCCAAACCUCUCCAGGCACAACACUGACUUUACUUUAAAACAUUUCAGUCUCAACCUCGCAUUGGAUAUCAAAACUUAUAAGAUUUUUAGAGUCUGUGUCAUGCUUUGCCUUAGAGAACAAAAGAUUAGUUGUACAUCAAAUACUUUCCUUACUGAUAUAGUCUGUAUUUACUGCUACUGCCUGCACUUUAAGUGGUUUUCUCUUUAUUGCGGUUUGCAUGUAACCCACAGUUUGUUUGGACUCUUGCUUGCAUUAAAAAGCCCCUUCAGUAUGCGAUGCCGUCAGAGCAACAAUGUACACAUUAUGAAAAUAAGAGAAAUAGUGUGUGACUGAAUGCUUCUCUAAUUUCAUCAUCACAUUUUCUAAAUUGUUCACAGAGAAUGUGAGAGUCACAGUCAUGAAAUUCCUUUGGCAUCACUGAUGCCUCUCCAAAGCAGAAAAGUACGUUAGAGUCAGCUCUUUUGUGACGUGUUCAGAAGCAGUUAAUAAACAGCACACAGGGUGUGGGUGCAAAAGAGAGGAAAAGCAUUCGUUUUUGUAUCACAAACAAGGAAAAAAGGUUCUGGACUUUCUGAGAAGCAAAGAUGUGAACUGACUCUAGUGAGAGUGAAACAGACAGAUGGAUGAUUUUUUAAAAAUUCCUACAACAUAAGGAAAACUGUAUAGACUCCAUUUCAAUCCUGCUGGGACACAUGAAUAAGGAAGAGCAUCCGUGACCAAGGAUAGAGAAGCAGAAAUCUGCAGCUUAAUACAAGGUUAUUUUACAUAAUGGAGAUAAUGUAAAGGUCUAAAUUGUGAAAAAUACUUUUAUAAGGACAACAUUUAUUACAUUUUGGAUCUUAAAGCUAACUAGCGUAGUGUGUGUGCGUGUGUGUGUGUGAAAGAGAGAGAGUCUGAUUUGCUCCAUCCUUUAACGCACACUCAGAUCAUUUAUCUACAUUGUAUCUUAAGGAGAUAAAGAGGGAAAGUUGGAGAUUUAGUCACCGGUGAUCCACACAGAUGAAUGGCGUGAGUCGCGAGAGCACUUUAGUGAAUUUGUAAAGAGAUAACAGUUUGAUACAGGUAUAUAUUUUCUGAUUUUACAUGAAGAAAAAAAAAAAAGAAAAGAUGUCUGCACAGCUGCUAGAAAGAAUUAACAUAAUUAUUUUUGGCAUCAACUGUGGCUUCUUUCACUGUACUGCAGUCAAGCCUAAUGCAGUGUAUCAGUGUUUGAGCAUUAAUAUUAUAAUGUAUCUAUUUCAAGUGGCCCUUUGAUGUGACUCAAUUGUAAUCACAAACUAUGACGUGCUGUAAAUGUAGUUACCGAUUUCAGCCUUAUUAUGCAAAAAGAACAAAGGUUUGGCUUUCAGGGAUCCUUCCAGUGAGGUUUUUGAGAAGUUUAAUCAGAGGUUCAGCGUGAGGAAGAAGCAGACGAUUUUACUGUAUAAUAAAGUCUGUUGGAGCAGCGCACAAUGUUGUCUUCAAAUUUCACGCUAUUCGUUUUUGUUUGACUUUUGUUCCGAAGCAACAGUAUUUCCUUUAUGUAUUUGUAUUUGCUCAGUGUCACUUCAGUCAUUAGAAACAGCCAAAUAUUGCAAAAAAUACUGUGUUUCCUUUGUUCUUGGAAAUAAA